AUGGAAUCAGGCUUCGACUCGCUUCGAAUUCAAUUGCGCCAGGCUGUCGAUGAGUGCUCAGCGCGCGGGCUAGUGUUUGCAGCCAAAUGGGCAGCCGAGCAGCUAUGCAGCCUAUCGGCAGAAGCACCGACAAUUCAAAAGACAUUCGGAGCACCAAUCAAACAGGACCGCGCAGAGCGCUGGGACAAGCUGGAUGCGCUGGAGCAGGACAAGGUGGCACUGGCAAAGUGUCUUUUUGACAUGCGCGAAUUCGACCGCGCAGCGUAUGGGCUGCAGGACUGUGUUGGUCCGCGCGCGCAGUUCAUCCGGCUGUAUUCGCAGUAUAUGAGCAGAGAGCGGCGGGUAUGUGAGAGCGGCGGCAGCAGGGAUUCUGAGGGGAGAGGCAGGUUGCGGGUGGCUGGCGAGGCUGAUAGCGACCUGGUGGCAAUCCGCGAUGAGCUCGAGGCGUCCAACUCUGAUGACGACCUGGAUGCAUUCGGCCAGUACCUGCUGGGCAUGGUGCUCAAGACACUCGGCCAGAGGCCGGCGGCACGUGAGGCCUGUUUGAGGUCGGUGCGCGCCUUUGAGUUCAAUUGGAGCGCGUGGCUGUUGCUCGAGUCGUGCAUUGAUCAGCGAGAGUCCAUUGACCGGCUUGGCGGCGAACUGCCGGACGGAUGGAUGCGCCACGCCUUUCUUGCUCAUCUGCUGCUGGAGGUAUUCGGUAGUAGCAGCAAUAGCAGCAGCGGCGGCGGGAAUAAUGGUGACGCGUUUUCCAUGCACUGCCAGGUGCUUGAGCAGCUGUUCCCGCAGAGCCAGUUUGUCAUUGGGCUGCGCGCCGUGCGGCACUACAACAUGCGCGAGUUUGAGGAGGCCCGUAGUCUGUUUGCCACGCUGCAGGGUUUGGAUCCAUAUCGGCUGGACCUGGCGGACAUCCACUCCAACAUUCUCUAUGUGAUGGAGGACCGCGCACGGCUGGGCGAACUCGCCCACCGGUGCUCUGACCUUGACCGGUUCCGGCCCGAGACCUGCUGCGUAAUCGGCAACUACUACAGCCUGCGGCGCGAGCACGAAAAAGCUGUCGGGUAUUUCCAGCGAGCGCUCCAACUGGAUCGCAACUACCUAGCGGCAUGGACGCUGAUGGGCCACGAGUUUAUCGAGAUGAAGAACACUGCAGCAGCCAUUGACGCCUACCGCCACGCUGUCGACGUUGAUGACCGCGAUUACCGCGCCUGGUACGGGCUGGGCCAAACCUACGAGAUGCUGAAUAUGCCGCACUACGCGCUCAACUACUAUAUGCGCGCCGCCACCCUACGCCCCUAUGACUCCCGCAUGUGGUGCGCCUUGGCCAACUGCUACGAGCUCUCAGCUCAGCCGACCAAGGCUAUCGACUGCUAUCGUCGUGCACUAAUUGGAUCUGCCGAAAGCGAGUUCCUGGCAAUUACAAAACUGGCACGGCUGUACGAGAGUGCCAGCAACCGGAAGCUUGCCGCCUACUACUACCAGUUGUUAUAUGAGCAUGCGCUGAAGAAUGGCGCUCAGGCAGCGGCAUCAGCAGCAGCAGCAGCAGCGCCGGAAGGCAGUUUUGGAAUUAAUGCUGUCUUUUCUGCGGGUGGUAACGGUAUUGGCGGUCAGGACGAGUUGGCUGCAGCAUGCUUGUUUUUAGCUUCAUUUGAGCACGACCGAGGACGCACUCAGGUGGCGCAGCGUUACUUGGCGCAGGUCAUUGAUGGUGCGAGCAGUGGGGGCGCUAGCCAGCAGAAAGUCGAUGAGGCCAAGGCCCUGCUGCGCACGAUGACAAUGGGUGCAUUGUAG